AUGCCUGAGCACACCACUGCCUCCAGGCUCCAGCUCUCCGGGCUGUGCUUCCUUCUCCAAAUCCUCACCAUCAUCCUCUUCGCCGCCUUUGUCCGGUACAGCCCAGAGAGCAGCCCCGGCCCCUGCUCCCAGCAGCUGAACUGCAGCUGGAGAAACCAGGACUCGGGUUUUCAGCACCCCCGUUUCCGGGAUGUCCACCUCCAAGCUCUCCUCGGCUUCGGGUUCCUGGUGGCCUUCCUCGGCCGCUAUGGGCCGGGCAGCGUGGCCAUCAGCAUCCUCGUCGUGGCCUUCGCCAUCCAGUGGGCCGUACUGAUCCAGGGGUUUUCAUACUUCUUCCUGAAUGGCAAAAUUUAUGUGGGAGCUCAGAGCAUGGUCAGUGCCGACUUCUGCACCGCAGCCAUUCUGAUCUCCACCGGAGCCGUUCUGGGCAGGGUAAACCCUGUCCAGAUGCUGCUUCUGACCCUUCUGGGAGUCACCCUCUUCACUCUCAACGAAUACAUCCUGCUCAGUCUCAUGGGGGUAAGCGACAGCGGGGGCUCCUUGACUGUCCACACCUUCGGUGCUUAUUUUGGCUUGAUGGUUUCACGGAUCUUGCACCAGCCCCAUAUGGACAAGAGGAAAGAGCAGCAGGACGCGGGGCACCAGCCAGAUGUCUUUGCUGUGGUUGGAACCAUCUACCUGUGGAUCUUCUGGCCCAGCUUCACCUCAGCCACCACUGUCCAUGACAACGCCGAGCCUUGGGCAGUGCUCAACACCUACUUCUCGCUGGUGGCGAGCACCCUGGCCACCUUCGUCCUCUCGCCUGUCCUCUAUGAGGAGAGCACCCUGCGGAUGGUUCAGAUCCAGGAUGCCACCUUGGCCGGCGUGGCUGUGAUGGGUAUGGCUGGGGAGAUGCUGGUCACCCCCUUCGGGGCCCUCAUCGUGGGGUUUCUGGCCGGCCUGAUCCCCCCGCUUGGCUUCAGAUUCCUCACGCCCGUCCUGUGCUCCAGGCUGAAAAUCCAGGACACGUGCGGGGUUCACAACGUCCACGGGCUGCCGGGCAUCCUGGGCGCCUUGCUGGGGAUGCUGCUGACGGCACUGGCCACUGCAGAUGCUUACGGAGCCGUCCUGAAAAUAAAGGGGCUGAGGUCUCCCCCGGACACGCGGUGCCUGGAAAACACCGUCCUCUGGGAGGUGGCCGAGGAAGGAUGUGACCGUGGGGCGAGCAGAAAGGAGCCAGGCACCAGCACCUUGGUCUAA